AUGCUCUCUUUAGCUCUGAAUUCUCCCAAACCUACCCCCACUUUCCUCCAUUCACCCUUCCUUUCCUCCCCGCUUCCUCUCACUUCCCACCACAGACCCAAUAAACCCUUCCGAAAACCCAUCUCAGCCACACUUAUCCCCGCCUCUAAGCCACCGUCUCAAAAACUCUACCAACCCUUUCGCCCACCGACAUCGCAAUCUCCAAUACCACCCCAAUAUCGUAACCUCGACACAGAAGCUCGCCUCGAUGUUCUUUCAAAUCGCCUUGGCCUGUGGUUCGAAUACGCCCCUCUCAUUCCUCCAUUGAUUCUGGAAGGAUUUGCCCCAUCCACCCUCGAAGAAGUCACCGGCAUCAGUGGUGUUGAGCAGAAUCGACUCGUUGUAGCUGCUCAGGUUAGGGAGUCCUUGGUUCAGUCUGGUGUUGAUGAGGAAACCCUCGAGUUUUACGAUAAGGGUGGUGCGGAGUUGCUGUAUGAGAUAAGGUUGUUGAGUGUGAACCAGCGUGCCGCAGCUGCGAGAUACAUGCUUGAAAAUAAAUUUGAACCAAGUGAUGCUCAGGAACUUGCUAGGGCAAUCAAGGAUUUCCCCCGUCGACGCGGUGAUCGUGGAUGGGAUUAUUUUGAUUACACGAUUCCGGCUGAUUGUUUGGCCUUUAUGUACUAUAGACAAGCUCUUGAAAAUCGGGAUACAGAGUCGAAAAUAUCUGUAUUGCAAAAGGCUUUGUCUGUGGCUGUGUCUGAGCCAGCAAAAGCGUGGGUGACAAAGGAAUUGGAUGGAAACGAUGGUGAUGGAGAAGGACAGGGAAGAGAUGGAGGCGUUGUUGAUGGAGUGAAAGUUCCUGUAGUGAGGUUAAAUCUGGGGGAGAUUGCAGAGGCUACGGUGGUUGCAGUUUUGCCGGUUUGUGGAGCGGGUGAGAGAGACGAAGGGGUGAAGGAUGCGCCAUGGGAAAGUGGCUGCAAAGGGGAUUUUGGUAUAGUGGAGGCUGAGAAAGACUGGAGGAGAUGGGUGGUGUUGCCGGCGUGGGAGCCAGUGAUAGGGUUGAAGAGAGGCGGAGUAGUGGUGGCAUUUUCUGAUGCGAGGGCUUUGCCAUGGAGAGUUAAUAGGUGGUACAAGGAGGAAGCUAUCUUGGUGGUGGCUGAUCGAAGUAGGAAAGAGGUGGCAGCUGAUGAUGGAUUUUAUCUGGUAUUGAGUGAAGAUGAAUUGAAGGUGGAUAGAGGAUCGACAUUGAAGGAGAAAGGUAUUGAAGAAAGUCUUGGAACUGUGGUUAUUGUUGUUAGGCCACCAAGAGAAGAUAAUGACAGUGAAUUAGCAGAAGAGGAUUGGGAAUGA